GCACCGCCAAAGCGGUGUACCCUUCCAAGUGGAGUCUGCCAGGAGGUGGCAAGGAUGCCUGUGUGGGCGUCACCGUGCACACAUAUGAUCCGUACGAUUUCUGCGGCGAGAAUGGCCACUCCAACUACUAUGCCAACCCCAAGGCGAUGAAAAAAGACUUGAUCUUCAAGUUCAAAGACCUCCGCGAUUGGGCAUUCGACACAGAUAUCCCUGUGUAUGUAGGCGAGUACGGUGUUGGCCGCCAAAUGGAUCGACAGUGGGAUCGCAACAACGAAAACGUCCGUGAGUACUACAAGUUUGUGUUUCUUGACUGCAAGCUCAGCAGGUUGGAACUCCAAGACGUGAAUGCCAUUGAAUUUUCUGUACAUGCUGAUUGGGAUUGUUCAGGAACGGGGCGCUGUGGGGAGUGGGUGUUUGGCACGUAG